UUGUGAAAUAACAAUUCUAUUAAUUUUAGGCUGGUAACCUUGGCCUAGUUUGUCAACCUAAAAUUUUUGUAAAGAAUAAAAAGUUCAAUAAAUUUUAAUUGUACCUUACUUAUUCUUAUGGAAAUUUGUAGUAUAAUUGUAAUAAGUUAGCGUGGUCCGAUAUCCAUAAAUAUGUCUCACUUGUGUGAUUGUAUAUCUGAAAGAAAUUUUGACGUAAAUAGGCCAUCUGGUGCACAACUAUCCACGUCGCAACCUUUGCGUUCUAAAAGUUCUCUAAAUAACAGGGUUCAAGAUCACCAGAACCACUGCCCAGCAAAGAAAUCACAUAAGCAUUCAUCGGUGUCUCGGCAUAAACAAUCACAGGGUGAGGCUGGAAUAACUUCACAGACCUUUACCAAUUCUUCAAUCAGUGAUAUAUCUACGCAGUGCCAAAACUUAAAUGUAAACAGCGAAAGUGAUGAAGUAGACCAAGGAGACAGCCCAGUUGCAUUUCCAAAAAGGAAAAAUCAAAAGAAAAAAGAGAGGUUAAAACAAUUGAAAAUUCCAUCAAAAGAAACCAUGAAUACCCCACAUUCAUCGCAGUCUAAUAAGGGACGUCCAGGACACAAUGAUGUGGUUUCCUUGCAUGAAUUUUUUGCAAACCAAAUAAGUCCAUUGUAUGCCGCUACAAACUCAAGGUACUUGGAAAACCUUCGCCAUCAUCCGCAAUUUCAAUUAUCAAACAGUAUUCCUAUAAGAAGGGACUUUUUUAACAACACUCCACAUGCAGCAAGCUUACCAAAUACUCCCUUACUGCAAUCAACACCACUAUUGCAUUCGGUGAGUAUCCCAAAUUCACCAAAUGUACUGGGCGAGUCAAUGAGUCCCAAAUGUAUACAAAACUUCUUACAACAUCCAUUACUUAGUCAGUCAUUCAAUGUGCGGGGUGGUGAAGCAUUUAAAAUGCUGUCUUUGGCUCAAGUUGAAGGCAAUAUGAAUGCGGACAAAAGUGAUAAAAAUAAUUCCCCUUCCAAGAAGAAGAACAAGAAAAAGUCCUCAAAAGAAAGUAAUGAUCUCAAAUUUGAUCCAUAUAUAUCUGCAGAAGAGGCAGAAGCUGGUUUGAAAGAGAAUGGUUUUGUUGAAGGUUUGGUACGAAUAAAUCCAAAACAAUUUCAACAUGCAUAUAUCUCAAGUAGUGACAGAAGUGAACAAGAUAUUCUUAUUGAUGGAAUAAAAAAUCGUAAUCGUGCUUUAGAAGGUGACUGUGUAGUUGUGCAACUUUUAGACAGUGAUACAGAAGAAAAUACUGAAAAUAAACAAAAGAAGGGAAAAGUUGUAUAUAUUAAAGAAAAACAUCACAAUAGGAAUUGUGUUGGAUCAUUGAAGUUAAUGCCAGACAAAAAUAGACAGAGAGCCUUAUUUAUUCCCCGUGAUCUCAGAAUUCCAAGGCUUAAUAUACCUUUCACAAGCUGGCCAGAUAAUUUUUAUAAUGAUGCUAAGACAUAUGAAAAUACACUAUUUUUGGCAAAAGUACUGGAUUGGACCGACACUAGAUUUGCUAUGGGCAAAAUUGUCUGCAACAUGGGACAAUCUGGAGAUAUGGUAUCAGAAACAAAAGCAAUUUUAUCUCAGACGGAUUUGGAUGUAACACCAUUUGGUCCUGAAGUCCGUCAUUUAUAUCCACGAUUAGAUUACAAAAUACCAGACGAAGAGUUAUCAAUCAGAGAGGAUUGCCGGAAGCUGUGUGUUUUUAGUAUUGAUCCAUUUAAUUGUAGAGAUAUUGAUGAUGCAGUGUCAUGUAGGGAACUAGAGAAUGGUAAUUAUGAAAUUGGAGUUCAUAUAGCAGAUGUAGCACAUUUUUUAACUGAAGACACUAUUUUGGACGAGAAAGUAGCAGAAAAGGCCACAACUAUAUAUUUAGUUGAGAGAGCUUAUCACAUGUUACCAGAUGAUCUAUGUAUGCUCUGUUCUUUAUUCCCUGGUGUUGAUAAAUUGGCUUUUUCUGUGUUCUGGGAGAUUACUAAAAAUGCCGAAGUUCUAAGUCACAGGUUUGCAAAAACAGUGAUUAACUCAUGUUGUCAACUAGCUUAUGAGCAUGCUCAAGCAGUUCUUGAUGAUAAAGAAGACAGUGAAGAAAAGUUCCCAGAAACUUAUAAUGGUUUCGUGUACAAAGACAUUUACAAAGCCAUCAAAAUUAUUGGCAGCAUUUCUGCCAAAUUCAGAAAACAUAGAUUCGAUAAUGGUGCAUUAAGAAUUGAUCAACCGAAAGUUGCUUUCCAUUUAAAUGGUAGCAAUGGCUUGCCUGAUUCUUUUUGGAUAUAUGAAUCUACAGAAAGCCAUCAGCUUAUUGAAGAGUUUAUGUUACUAGCAAAUAUGACAGUAGCUAAACGUAUAAGAGAGGAUCAUCCAACAUUGGCAUUUUUAAGGUGCCAUCCAAAGCCUAGUGGGUACAUGUUGAAACAACUUGCUAAAUCGCUGAAACCCAUGGGCAUUGACCUAGAAAUUGAUUCUGCUGGCCAUUUGCACCGCUCCUUGUUAGCCCAUGUAGGUCCACAAUGCACAGAUAAGGGCAAGGUUAUGGUUCUAAAUAUGUUAUGUGCCAAGCCCAUGACAAGAGCCAGAUAUUUUUGUGCCGAUGGCUGUGAUGAUGAUGACUUUGCCCACUACGCUUUAAAUGUUCCUCUUUAUACUCAUUUUACCAGCCCUAUAAGAAGAUAUGCUGACAUUAUGGUUCAUAGGUUGUUGGCUGCAAGUCUUAACUAUCGCGAAACACCCAAAUGGCAAGCCGACAAGGUCCGUUCUAUAGCAGCUCAAUGCAACAAACAAAAAUAUAAUGCAAAAAAAGCAAGUGAAUUAUCUACAGAAAUGUAUACACUGAAGUACAUUGAAAUGAAGUCUCCAUUAGUUACCGACGCUGCUGUUGUAGAAGUGAGGGAGAAAUACAUUGAUGUCAUAAUAAUCAUAAUGGGAUUAAACAGACGAAUAUUUUUCAAUAAUGACUUUCCGGGAAAAUUCCAGUGUAUUAAAAACGAGGGUUGUACAAGACUAUCGAAAAUGGAAUUGACAUGGAAUGCUGUGAAUGAUUUACCUGAAAUCAAACAAGUAAUUCAAGUUUUCUCCAUUUUACAAGUUGAGUUAUACAGAGGUGAUGAAAUGACUAAGGUUGAAACAAAACUUGUAAGACCACAAACAACAACUUCUUUGUAAUUACAAAGAAAGCAUUUAGAAUAAUAUGUUACGUCUUGUGUCAUUAGUAUAAUGACUUGAAACAUUAUAGCUUUACAAAACGACUUUGACUCUUUGCAAUGGUGCAAAUUUUAUUGACUCCAGAUUUAUAUUUAAUGAAAUCUUUAGAUGCGAUACUAUGUGAUUACCUGUUUGACAAUUUUAAAAUUAGGUUUGUUGUGAUUGUGUGUUGUUUUACUCUAUUUAAUAAUGAAAUAACGAUUGUUUUUAUUUGCCUUUGCCAAUAGAUAUUUAUAUUAAAAUAUAUGUAGAAUCCCUUUCUACAGUAGAUCUCUUAGUACAAGUAAAUAAUAAAUAUUUUCUUAGUUUUAGGGCAAAACGCUCAAUCAAAUAUUUGAACACCGCAAUUCGCGGAUUUAAAAAAAAUAAUAAAAUUGUACAUACUGUAUUGUUUAUAUUUUACCUAAUUAAAUAAUCUAUACUAGUAA